UCUAAAAGAAAGGAAGAAACGGUGAAUUUAAUGCCGUCCCCUUGCUUUCUUCAAGUGCUUAGGCGCAGCCCUACCUCCUGAACCAUUCAGAGUGGCAAUUUCCCUCGCUUUCUUGUUUCAUGGACAGUCUUGCUCUCCUACCCCUUACUAUUAUUCUUGCUUUUUCUCCCAAACGAGAGCAUCAGUUACGGCUGCAAACGCUGCACCACACCACUUGCUACUCUUAACAGUUGACACCACCACCCUCCUUCUCCUUCUCCUUCCUCUCACCACCGACAAUUCCCCAGUCUCACCUCUCGCUCCUCAAGUUCUCGCAUGUGACAGUUCUUCUUAUCUUUCUCCCUAUCUGCUUGCAUGGCUUGCGUGAGCGACGAUAGCUAUACUCCUCUCCCCUCAACGGUAUCAAGGUGUCUCCCUCUUGGUGGGCAAGAGCUCCAAAACAUGACUGACGAACCCAACAGCUACGAUUUCUUGUAUUCGGCGUAUCGCUUGGAGAGAGGUUUUCCUGUCUAUGCCAUGGAUAUUCCCAAUCCAGAUUACGACUCUGUUCUGGCUUCUUACGUAGAUCAUUCAGGUGGGGCUGACCUGAUUUGGGACGCUGUCAAACAAGAAGCUAAGUUGGAGGCAGAAAAGGAGCCAAUUUUAAAUAGCUUUUUGUAUGCCAACAUUUUAUCUCAUGAUCGCUUGGAGCAAGCCUUAGCCUUCGUUCUUGCCAAUCGUCUCCAAAAUCCUACUCUUUUGGCAACUCAGCUGACGGAAAUAUUUUUUGAUGUGAUGAUGCAUGAUAAAGGUAUCCAGAGAUCAAUUCGCCUGGAUCUGCAGGCAUUUAUAGACUGGGAUCCUGCUUGUUUAUCAUAUUGCUUCGCGCUUUUAUAUAUGAAGGGCUAUUGUUCUCUGCAAGUUCAUCGAGUAGCCCAUGCAUUGUGGGGCCAGGGAUGCCAAGUCUUGGCCUCAGCUUUGCAAAGUCGAGUCAGUGAGGUUUUUGGAGUAGAUAUACAUUCUGCUGCAAAAAUUGGGGAGGGAAUUUUAUUAGAUCAUGGGACAGGCGUGGUUAUUGGUGAAACUGCUAUCAUUAGAAAGAGAGUUUCAUUGAUGCACGGUGUUACUUUGGGAGGUUCAAUGAAGGAAAUAGGUGAUCCCCAUCCCAAAAUAGGUGAUGGUGUGUUUAUUGGAGCUAGUGCAACUAUACUUGGGAACAUAGGGAUUGGUAAAGGUGCAAUUAUAGCUGCAUGCUCUCUAUUGUUGAAAGAGGUCUCUCCUCAUAGCAUUGUGGCAGGAAUACCAGCAAAUGUUAUUGGAUAUCUACAUGAGCUCGACCCAUCUUUAACCAUGAAACAUGAUGCUACAAAAGAUUAUUUCAAUCACGUAGCUGCUCACUACAGAGAUGGAAAGUCUACUAGUUAGCUAUCUUCAUUGAAUAAAGAAAACUUUACUAGGACUAGAAAACUUAAAUUCUCUUGUUACCGAAAGGGGAAAAAAUAAAGAAAACUUAAAUUCUUGACUUAUGAUCCAAUCCAGUCAUAGUACUCGUGGUGAUUCUUUUCCAUUGUCUAAAUCAGAUCUACCCAGGAUUUGAUUAUUUCUUAUAAAUGGGCUAAAAAUUUUUAGGAGGAUCCAGAUAGAAAUGAUGUAAGCACUUGAGUGAUUUGGUAGCAUAGAUCUCAUUUGUCUAUUCAAAUGCCAGCUUAUUGCCUUAGAAUGGAGGAAAACACCAUUGCAUUUGGAAAAUUGUCUGCUAGAAUAGUUAUUUCAAAUCAUAACUUGGAUUCCUGAUGUCAAUUGAUGAAUUGUAAAUGUACAUUAUGUUGCUGGGAUGUCGAAGUCCUUGCACUAGUGGAGCUCAUGCCUGUAGUUGAGGCUUUGAGCAAAAUGUUGUCAGCCUCCAAGCCUCUUUUCCUAGCCUAUGGUUUUUGAGGAAAGAUAUCAAGUUUUCCAAUCCAAUGAAGCCUUUCAGUCAUUUUGAAAGUAACUCUUUGUGGUGGACAUUUUCUGUUGAAUUUUAAUAUUAUCUUACUGAAC